UUGUAUCUACACCAGUUCUCCAUUUUCAGAUGCAGUCUAGUCUUCCAACGUUACUAUGAGCUUAUUCAACAUCAACAGAAAAAGUGCUAUAAAGAUGAUUGUCAGGCGCAGGCGAAUGAUAAUAAGAUCGUCGAGGAGUCGCUGACGGACGAGGAAAAGGCGCAACUUAUCCAGCAAACCGCCCUUGCCAGCAUAAACGAUGCCAAGCCGGCUGAUUUGGCAAAACUUCUCGGUGCCAGCAAGUCGAGCACAGAGGCGCUUCUGAAGCUAUGCGAAUCAGCAAACACCUCACCAUCGUCCAUGUUCCAUAAGCGAUGUCCGUUCUGUGGUCUGUUAUUCCGCAGUCGUCAAUCGCUUCAGGAACACAUCCCAGCUCGGCAUCCACACUCCGUUCCUCUUCAGGUUCCUUGUCAUUGCAGCCGUGACACACUGUCGAUGUCACCGUUUCUUGGCCAGUCAGACGAUGACCCAACGGAAUUCAUCGAAGAAAAUCCCGCAUCUUAUGCUAGUGGCUCAGCACAAUCCCGAUCACCCACGAGUAACAAGCGCUACCGUACUCAUCUUACUCCCACUCAAGUUCAUGUGAUGAAGAGCGUGUUUGGAGACUAUAAGACCCCUUCGAUGACGGAAUGCGAAGCGUUGGGACGGGAGAUCGGUCUUCAUAAACGAGUGGUGCAAGUGUGGUUCCAAAAUGCACGAGCCAAAGAGCGCAAGACACGAACGGCUAGCGAGGUGAAUCGUUCGACGUCUACAUCGUGCACAAUGUGUGGUGUAGAAUACGGUGGACGAAUAACGCUGCAGGACCAUCUGUUCUCUUUGCAACAUCUGAACAGUCUUAAAGCUCAGCUCAGAGUCGACACCGCUCAAGCAGAAACAACGUCAACAGCACUGCUUCAGAGGUUUUUGAAAGCUACCGUGGUUUUUUCAGCGCUUCCUCUUGUCUACGAUCCGGCAAUGUUUGGUACGCCAGUGGCGAUGCUUCAGAUUCCUGAGUCUGUAAAGAUGCGUAUCAAAUCCGACAUCACUGUUGGCUGGGCAUGUCCUUCUUGUACGAACGUCUUUCAGCAAGAGGCUCUUCUGAAAAAUCAUCAACGGACUGUAUGUCAAGGAACGGAUUAUUCAUGUCGCCAAUGUGACUAG